AUAAUAAUUUUAAUCGAUCUUAUGAUGAACAACGUGGGGGUGGCGAUGGUGGUCAAUCGAAAAUGCCAAGUCUUUUUGAUGUUGAUCAACAACAAUUACGAUCGUUUGAUCGUGAUAAUAAUCGUGGUGGAGGUCGAGGACGAAUGCCAUUUCCACGAGGAGAAGGUGGUGCUGGUCGUAGUUCAUCAGGUGAUGAUCGUUAUCGUCAUUCAGGCGGAUCAAAACAAGGUUCAACAGAUGUACCACCUCCAUUACUUGAUUUUGCAAAUGAAAAAUCAAGUUUAACAGCUAAUGCUAGUAGUAAUUCAUUGCCGUCACUUUUAUCGGUACAAGUUGAAGGUUCAGGUGUACCACCACCUGGACCUGAACUGAACAAAUCAUUAGAAACACAUAAAGAGCAUCAACAUGGUGAUAAUUUAAAUACACGAUCAGAUAAUCAUUCAUCUCUUCGUGACAAUGAAGGUCGAUAUCGUGAUCGAGAUUCUCGUAAACCAAGUCGAGGAGGUUUUAAUCGUUCAUCAUCAUUUAAUAGAGAUCGUUCACGUUCACCACGUGAUCGAGAUCGUGAUCGUGAUCGACAUGGUCCUCCGAAAGAUGAUCGUCGUGGUGGACGAGGAGGCAGAGGUGGUGGUGGUGGUGGUGG